CGCAUUUUGAUUGGUGGGGUGUAGGCGGAGUGGUUGGAUAAAAGGGCGAAGGGCGAGGGUGAAGAAGCGAGGUCUCCCAAAUCAACUUGUCCAUGCGUGUUACGCAUUUGAUACAGUUUGUAGAGCAGUGUCUGACGCCAUUUGAAACUGGACAAGAAUCAAGCCGUCUAUAUUACUAAACAACUGAGCAAGCUACACUUAAGCAGAGAAACAAUAGUGAGAAGGUCGCAAUAUUACGCCGAUUCAGAAAUGAGUAGCUCGGAGGAAGUGUCAUGGAUCACGUGGUUCUGUGGUCUGCGAGGGAAUGAGUUUUUUUGUGAAGUAGACGAAGAAUAUAUCCAAGAUAAAUUUAAUUUAACUGGUCUUAAUGAGCAAGUCCCACACUAUCGGCAAGCACUGGAUAUGAUUUUGGAUUUGGAACCAGAUGAUGACUUCGAAGACAAUCCGAAUCAAUCAGAUUUGGUUGAGCAAGCUGCUGAAAUGCUUUAUGGACUAAUUCAUGCGCGCUAUAUUCUUACAAAUCGUGGAAUCCAGCAAAUGAUCGAUAAAUGGCAUGAUCAUGACUUUGGCGUAUGUCCUCGUGUUUACUGCGAGAAUCAACCAAUGCUGCCAAUAGGUCUUUCGGAUGUACCAGGCGAAUCGAUGGUUAAACUCUACUGUCCUCGUUGUUGCGACGUUUACGUACCAAAAUCAUCGAAGCAUCAGAAUACUGAUGGCUCAUAUUUUGGUACAGGAUUUCCUCAUAUGCUUUUCUUCGUACAUCCGGAAGAAAGACCAAAGCGACCUGCAACAAGUUUUGUUCCGCGACUGUAUGGUUUCAAAAUCCAUCCUACUGCUUACGCUUUGCAGUAUCAACAGAGCCAAUGCAAUGGCAAUGUUAACAACGGAUCACCGACAGUAGCAGUCAAUAUGUCGCCAUUUACUGCUAAAUGAAAUAAAAUGUUCUAAUUGUAUGGAAUAUCUGGAAUUCUUUUAGUGAUAUCGAUAAUUUCGGGAAGGGCUAUAUGUAAUCUGCAUAAAAUAGAACUGUCUGUUCUGUAGGAAGGCUGGUUUUUCUGAAAUUCCAUUGAUGAAUUCCACGAGUUUCUACUACUGUCAAUUACUUUUAUAUAUUUGUUUUGGAAGUAAACUUCGCAUCUAAUGUUGUUGUUACGUAUUGCUUUUUUUUUAGAAGAUUUAGGAAAUUUUCCGCCUGGAUGAAAUUUGUAUUUAGUGAUGAUUUUACCCGGAUUUCUAUGUAUUUAUAGAUCUAAACGUGCAGUCGCUCAUCUGAUUUCUGCGUUCCAGAGAAACAAGAGAUUAUCCAUCGGAGAUCUGGUGCUAUCCGCCACUUAUUUUUGAAGAAAACAUAUUGAUCAUUACGAGAAAGUUGAGUCUUACACGCUCAUCCUACAUGCAGCAAAUAAAUUUUC